UAUAGUUCGAUAUGUUUAUUAUGUAACGCUGAGGACAAGUCACUAGACUGCAUCGCACAGAGGGUCCAGGAACUAGGCUCCAACACUGUUAGUUAUAGUAUUAACUAAUUAUAAAUUUCAGUGGUGGCGUCGUGCGGGCCAGCGAACCCUGUGGUGGACCUGGGCCACACUGCUGACGGUGGUACAGAUAUAUCUAUGGUACAGGGAGAAACUGGAGCAGGAGCAGCCAGCCGCCUUGCACGACACCACCAGUCAACACAUCCUUGACAACUACAAACACUGUGCCAACAGUGGGUGUCUGGUCACAGUGUGUCCAUAAGAUAAAUUAGAUUUUGUCUCACGAAAUUGUAAUAACACGUCUGUAAACAAACCACGGAACAGGUAGGGGUUUGAACCCCAUCUGUUCCGUGGUUAGAUUUCUGUCCCUAGUGGCGAGUUUAAUGGGCAGUGUCACAUCCUGUGAGUGGACAUGCCUCCAUAAACUCUUUAUAAUAACAUCUUUAUUUCUACAAGUACAAGGUAUACAGACCAUAGCUGACAUCAAUGACAUACUACUAUAUGGAAAGCUUUGUAAUUUAAUUUUCUCUCAUCGUGUUAAAUUGCACAUUAAUAUAAGUUUAUCGUGAUCUUUUAUAUGUACACGUAUGGAGUAGAGAUUUGUUGGAGACGCAAGCUGCGUUACCCCAUCAUGCGUCCAGACGACGCUCGUCUUGUGCGUUACCUGCGACGUAUGAUAGAAGCUCCACCCAUGGGUGGCGAUGGCACCCUCCACCCUCAACACCCUCCCUGGCACAAUGUCACCUCUUACAACGCAACAGAGAAAGCCAUUAGAGAUAUAUUUGCAGCCACAGAGGGUGGAGUGUUCGUGGAGGUUGGUGCUCAGGAUGGAGUGUGGCUGAGCAACACUUGGUGGCUGGAGGCAGCUCGGGGGUGGAGGGGGCUGUUAGUGGAGGCUGAUCCACUUAAUUAUCAUCAUCUACGUAACUCACCCAGAACCUCACCCACACUACCUGUCUGUGUCACCACCGGCCUAACACCCACACAGGAGGCGCUGGUGAGGAGGAAGCAGCCGGAGCCUUGGAACACCACUAUAGGAAUGCAUCAACGAGGCCAAACCAUGCUGAACCGCUACGCCACACCCACGGACCUUUACCUGGGCCAGACCUGGCACACCACCUGCUACCCGCUACUCACCGUCCUAGCUGCUGCUGGCUACAAGCAGAUAAAUCUGCUGAUAUUUGACAUGGCUGGCGGAGGAUUUGAAUUACUUCAAGACUUUAUGACAGUCAAUAUGGAACUUGGGAAUCCCUUCAGAGUACAGAUGAUCCUGUACCAGGACACGUCACUGGUCAACGAGAAGGUUAUAAGUGAGGAAGCCAAGUCUCUGGGAUACACUCACCUGGCCAUCACUGCUGCACACUUCCUCCUCCUUCAUAACUCUCUGGGUGUUGCUCUGCAGUAA